AUGUCAAGAAUCUUCAUAACUGGAUCCUCAGAUGGGCUUGGAUUGCUAUCUGCACAGGCGUUAGCCAGUCGUGGACACCAAGUCUUUCUGCAUGCCCGGAAUCCGAAACGGGCUGAUGACGCGCGCAGCGCUUGUCCGCAAGCGACUGGUUGCUUUAUUGGCGACUUGUCAUCAACUGAAGAGACAAGGUCAUUGGCCUCGCAGCUCAACGAGGCGGGCCCUUGGGAUGCGAUCAUACACAACGCCGGGGUGAUGAGAGGAGGCGAGAGCACCUUUGCAAUAAACACAUUAGCCCCUUACCUCUUGACUUGUCUCAUCAGCCCGCCGCCAAGGAGAUAUGUUUUCCUAAGCAGCUCCAUGCACCAGGGCGGCGAUGUCACUCUAAGGGACAUUGAACGAUGCUCGUACAGUGACAGUAAGCUGCACAAUGUCAUGCUGGCUUUCUGGUUCUCCCGACAUUUCGGUAGCCAGGUUGCAUGCAACAGCAUGGAUCCCGGAUGGGUCCCGACCAAGAUGGGUGGCUCGGGUGCUCCCGAUGACAUCAAUGCCGCCGUCGACACUUACGUGAUGUUAGCUGAAGGGAGCCGUGCAGCAGAGGGUCAGACGGGAAAGUAUUGGUAUCAAUGCCGGGAGCGGACUUUCAAGUCGGCGGCAUCAGACAAGCAGAAACAGGACCAGCUCAUUGGCCUUCUCCAUGGCAAAUCUGGUGUUCAACCGCCAGGCUGA